UGCGCCACCUCCCUCCGCGGCGCUUGCGCGGGGCGGCGAUGGCGUCGCGGUGUUGCUGGUGCUGCAGGGAUGGCGAGGACGGCAGCGUCCCGCUGGAGGAGAUGCCGGCCGUGCAGCUCGACACGCAGCGCAUGGGAACAGAUGUCGUAAUUGUUAAAAAUGGCAGAAGAAUAUGUGGCACAGGAGGCUGCUUAGCCAAUGCACCUUUACAUCAAACCAAGAGCUAUUUCGAGUUUAAAAUCCAAUCUACAGGUAUUUGGGGUAUUGGAGUCGCAACUGAGAAAGCAAACUUGAAUCAAGUUCCUCUUGGUCAAGAUGUCCAUAGCCUGGUAUUGAGGAAUGAUGGAACUCUCUACUAUAACAAGGAGGAGAAAAAUAGACUACCGGUAAACAGCCUUCCUCAGGAGGGCGAUGUCGUGGGCAUUACAUAUGACCAUGUAGAAUUAAAUGUAUAUUUAAAUGGGAGGAACAUGCAUUGUCCAGCCUCAGGAAUCCGAGGGACUGUCUAUCCAGUGGUCUAUGUUGAUGACAGUGCUAUUCUGGAUUGUCAGUUCAGUGAUUUUUUUCAUCCACCUCCACCAGGGUUUGAAAAGAUCCUGUUUGAGCAGCAAAUCUUCUGAGUAUCUUCGUACUGAACAUUUGGACUCUGCACUGCUACUAAAGUUUUGUCAUCUUAAAUAAAGCUUCCCAUCACUUUUAGGAAACAUAUCUGUAUUUUUAGUAAGUACUAGUGACUUGUUUGCAGAAUUAAUAUAACUGCAACACCAGGUAGCUGUGUUGCAAAUACAAGAUUUUUGACAAUGUUUUGUGAUUUGUGUGUGGUUUGGUGCAGGGUUUUUCUCUGAAUCGCACUUGAUGCAUAAGGAAUCUAAGGGUUGUUAUAGAUACCAGUAUUACAUUCAGUAUUUUGAAUAAACUGGAGGUUUGUAAAGCCAGUAGUUUUUAUCCAUAUGAUAACUAUGGAGAUCCAGCAAACAACUUUUUUUUUUAAGUCUGUUGUGUAUAAGAAUAUUUAAUGGUAAAAGCUGCUACCUUGAGCUUGACGUAGACUUGCUUUAAAAUACAGAGAAGACUGUCUUCUUCAACCCUGGUGUUUGAAAUGGAAAACAUUUUGGUAAAUACAAAAUAUUCAAAAUAGCUGCUAACUUCACAAAAAAAUAUAUCACAAAAAAAAAAAAGAGCCUGCUUUUACAGCUCAAACCUGCUCAUUUCUCAUCUUAACCAGAGUAAAGUGCAUUUGUAAUACCACAUAAUGUAACUACAUCUCUUGUGAUAAGAAUAAGAAAACUUUUGUUCUGUAACUGCUGACACAGGGAAACUAUGCAAAAUAAGGGAAGGUGAAAAAAAGAUUAUUACUAUCUAUUUAUCAAAAUGGAAAGAGAGCAGAGGUUUCCCCUGAAAGUAACUUUUAUGGUGAUAGUUCAUCAGAGAAGCAAGGGUACAGUUAACUCCAUUGCACAGGUAAGAAGAUAGGCCCCAAAAAUAGAAUGUGAAUUAACCUGUGUCUCAGCAUGUUAUUUGAGCAUCUGGUGAUAAAUCCAGAUGUUUUCCCAGAUGUGCUCCCACUCCCAACUUUGCCCAGAAAAGUGAGAUGCAAUACCUGUUUCUAAAAGUUGCACUAGAAAGUAAUUUUAGGUUUAGGUUUAGACAUAGAUUUACAAGCGGCAACUUCAUUUUAGUUAGAGUGAAUCAUGCUUCCCAUCAAAAUGAUUCAAGUAUUUCCACUAAUGGUUUCUACUCAAACCUUUUCUUAAUCUCUGAAUGCUACAAUUUGGACGCUCUAUCUCUUUGCAUUUAAAACUUUGUAUUGACUAAUCCUGUAUGUUUUCUGAGCCUUUUGAGAUUAUAUCGUGGCAACAAGUCUGAAGCUGCCAGAUACGAAGUCUGAACCAGACUUUAUUAGUGCAUCCACAAACCAAUAGAACCAACAGGGCACAUAAUAUGGGUUGUAUGUAGAUAACACAUUGAGUUGUUAUUUGUAUAGUAUUGGAACUGUUUAUGGUGCUUCAGGGAUAGGUGAAGUCUGGCAGUAGUAUUCCAAGGAGCUUGAAGUCCUAAUUAGAUACUAUAAAGCUAGAAAUACCUGUCAAGAAUUGUCUGAAAAGGUCUUCUUCCAUAAAAAAAAAAUCAUGCCAGGAUACGGUAACAUAGAUGCUCUGCAAAGAGAAAUUGGAAUGUGCAUUGAAUCCCUUAAAUUCCACUGAGAACAUUCUUCCAGGCCUACAAAGAACAUUCAGAGAUGGCAGGACAUGCUAUUGUCAUGGUUUAACCCCAGCUGGCAACUAAACACCACACACUUCUCUAUCCCACCCUGCCCUGGUGGGAUGGAGGAAAGAAUUGGAAAGGUAAAAGUGAGGGGAACUCCUGGGUUGAGAUAAGAAUAGUUUGCUAAUUUAAAUGUAAUAAUAGCAAUAAUAACAAAUAGUAAGGGAAAGGAGGAUAACAAAAAGAGAAAUAAAAUCCAAGAAAGACAAGUGAUGCAAAUAAAAACAAUUGCUCAUCAUCAAAUGGCCGAUGUCCAGCCAGUAUCCGAGCAGCCAUCCUUCAGACAGUUUCUCCCUAGUUUAUGUGCUGAGCAUGACAUCGUAUGGUUUGGAAUAUUGUUUUGGCCAACUGGGGUCAGUUGUCCCAGCUGUGUCCCCUCCCAGCUUGUUGUGCACACACAACCUCCUCACUGGUGGGGCAUGAGAAGCAGAAAAGGCUGUAAGCACUGCUGAGUGAUAACUAAAACAUCCCUAUAUUACCAACAAUGUUUUCAGGACAAAUCCAAAAUAUAGCCCCAUCCUAGCUACUAUGAAGAAAAUUAACCCUACCACAGCCAAAACCAGCACAGCUAUUCAAGUGCAAAUGUCCAUGAGAAUACAGACUUGCAUGAGUAUUCAUGCUGUUUUUCCUUUGUGCAGGCUUUCUUGGGAAUGCACUGCUGUGCAUACAGCUGUGUGCAAAAAAAAACAAACCCAAAGGAACAAGGUUCUAGUAAUUGAUGUUAAUUUCUUGGCAUUAUCUGGUGAGUUCUUAGAUUAUUUUUGCAGUAUUCACUUGUAGAAUCGUUUCUUGUGAGGCUCAUUCUUUGUUGGUUCAGGUGGUUCCUGGUGUAGUACUUCACCAAGUGACUCAAAUAAAGGAUUAUUUUCCCCUGAGGCUAAAUCUCCUCGAGGCACACACCUGGUUUCCCCAUCCUUACGCAUCAUCUUUGUUAUCAGUUUGUGUUCAUAUUGCUUUGUAUACUGACAACUGAUCAAGCUUGUGGCCGAGAUAGGGUUUCACAGAGGUUCAUAAACAAAUCGGCAAAGAAAGAUCUUACAUGUCUCUCCAAAUCCAGGCUUUAAGGCCCAAGGAUCGAGCUCCCCCAGCAUCCCUCAUUUGUUAAGAGCCAAUGUUGGUUUUGGAAAUGGUGUUAACUGUUACCUCUUGCUGUAGUGAUGGAACCUGGUUCAUAAAUAUGUCCAAAAUGAUGCUGCUGAGGUAUUUGCAAGAAGCCUGUGACAGAAGGUUUGGAACAAAGCUAAGUGCCAAAGGAUACUUUUCACUGUUCCUUCCCUUACCUAGUUCUCCAAUAAAGUACUUUUCAGGUUAU